AUGCCCUCCGCAGCUUCUGGCGCAGCAGCAGAUGAACCAGAUGUACUGGCAGCAGAUGCACCUGAACCAGAUGCACCAGAAUCAGAUGCACCUGAACCAGAUGCGGCUGCAGCAGGCAAUGCACCUCCAGCAGCAGCAACAGAGGGAGUGGAUGGAGCAGCAGCACAAGCGCUUGCCUUCCUUGCUGACAUGGCUUCAUCCUGUCCGUUGGCCGCAUCAGGUAUCAAGUCCUCUUUCGUUGCACCGACCACCAGUCCCAUUCCUCCUACCACCAGCAACCAUGCUUCCAUUCCACGCUCCGCUUAUCCACUCCACACCUCCCCUCCUAGCUUCACAUCCCACGAUACCUCUACCGCCGUAUCCUCGUUAAGAGCAUACUCGGCGGACUUAGCCUCCAGGAACAACGUGCUGCAUCGGGGAAACCGCAAAAACCAUUGUCGAACGUCGAAGGCCUCCCGUCGAUCUCACGAGUCUCCCGCUUCCCGUCAGAGCUUCGUGCAUUUCGAGUCGGCCAAUAAGUCUGUGAGAGCAGCCGGGAGCCAUGUCGCAGCCGCGGCGAGCGACGUCGCAGCCGCGGCGAGCGACGUCGCAGCCGCUGCUGCGAGCGUCGCAGAAGCGUCGCUGGACGAGCGGGUGGAGCUUGGCGAGCUUGAGGGUCGCGCGAGGGAGGAAGCGGAGGCCGUGCAAGCUGCCGUCUUUCAGGCCGCACAGGAACUAGAUGAUGUAGCGGCAGAGGCUGUAGCUGCUGCUGAUGCUGCUGCAGAGGGAGAGGGAGAGACGAGGGAGGAGAGGGGUCAGGGUUUAGGGGGCGGUUCCGCAGAUGGUAGGGCGCGGACGAAGCGGUUGUUGCAGUGGGCGCGGGAGCUAAACGGCGGAACUCCCCCCGCGCCUGCAUUGCGCGCGCGUGAGAAUCGUGUCAUGGGCUGCGUCGCGCAGGUGUGGCUCCACGUGGAACUUGAGGAAGACACGUCAUCAACUGACGGCACAGAACUUUCCCGUCUCAAGCUCCGCCUGCAGGCCGAUAGCGAUUCGGAUUUGACACGUGGCAUUUGCCAGCUCCUCCUAGAGAUCUUUAACGGCCGCAGCGUCAGCGCCGCGCUCGCGUUAGACUCCAACGGACCGGCAAUUAAAGCCCUCACUGCCGCCCUAAAACCCGCCGCUGCUGGCGCAUCUUCCGCUAAGGCCGCCCCCGCUGUACGCACAUCCACCUUUGUAAGCCUCCUCCUCUCCCUGCAAAAACGCGCGCGCGCCCUCGUGGCGGCGUCGCUCGGUCGGACUCCGUCAGUGGCACCGUUACCGUCAAUCGUGAUCGGCCGGGGCGGGUCGAUCACCGCUCGCGGGGAUUUCGCGGUGACCCAGGCGCAGUACCUCCGCCCAAACGACGCGGCAGUCGCGGCGCUAGUUACCGAGCUAUCUAGCAAGCGCAUCGGCGUCGUGGCGCAUUUCUACAUGGACGCGGAAGUUCAGGGCGUGUUGGUCGCGGCGCGCAAAUCCUGGCCGCACAUCAAGAUCUCGGAUUCGCUGGUGAUGGCGGACGGGGCGCUCAAGAUGGCGCAGGAGGGGUGUGACUAUAUCGCGGUCCUGGGGGUGGAUUUUAUGGCGGAGAACGUGCGGUGCGUGCUUGAAAAGGGCGGCUUCGCCCACGUGCCGGUCGUUCGAAUGGCGGCGUCCCCCAUCGGGUGCUCGUUGGCGGACGCGGCGCGGAGCGACGCGUACGAGAGGUAUCUUAAGGAGGCGUCGACGGUGCCCAAGUCGCUGCACGUGAUCUAUAUCAACACGGCGCUGGAUACCAAAGCCGUGGCGCAUCAUGCGGUGCCGACUAUCUCGUGCACGUCGUCGAACGUGGUGCAGACCGUAUUGCAGGUAAGCCAGUGUGACCGUGGUGUUAAAGCCGUGGCGCAUCAUGCGGUGCCGACUAUCUCGUGCACGUCCUCAAACGUGGUGCAGACCGUAUUGCAGGUAAGCAACCGUCACCGCCGUCAUUUUCCUUUUCAUUGCCAUUCUCGUUCUAGAAUUCUGGUGAAGCUGCAUAUCAAAACUCCCUCUUCUCCUCCAUUCAUCCCCAUCCCCCCCACCCCACCCUGUUUUCUCCUUUUCCCACCAUCCUGGCACAUGUUAAAACCACGCCAGGCUUUUGCCCAAGUUCCGGACCUGACCCUUUGGUACGGACCAGACACGUACAUGGGAGCGAACCUGGUCGAGAUGCUUCAGCAGCUCUCCACCGUACCUGACGAUGAGGUUCGGUUGCUUCACCCAGACCACACCCAAGCCUCGCUCCGCGCGCUCCUGCCCCAGAUUAGAUACUUCCAGGAAGGUGCCUGCAUUGUCCAUGACAUGUUCGGGCAAGAGGUUGUUUCGCGGCUCCGGGCGGCAUACUCCGACGCUUUCCACACCGCACAUUUCGAGGUGCCCGGAGAAAUGUUUGCAUUGGCAAUGGAGGCGCGUGCAAGGGGCCGCGGCACUGUUGGGUCAACGCAAAACAUUCUGGAUUUCGUAACUGCCCGAACGAGGGAGGCGUUGGAGAGGGGUUACGAAGGGGAGAGGUUACAGUUUGUUCUUGGGACGGAGACAGGGAUGGUUACCAGUAUUGUGCAAGCGGUGCAGGACGAAUUGGCGAAGGUUGAGAGCGGUUCUGAUGGUGCCGCUGAUGUGGAAGUAGAGAUAGUGUUUCCUGUAGACAGCUCAGCAGUUGCUUCUACUAAGGAGGAUGUGGGAAACAACAGCAGCAGUGGCAGUGGGGGCAACGGCAAGGCAGCAGGGUCAGUGGCAGCAGCGAUGCUGCCAGUGGUGCCAGGCGUGAAAGGCGGGGAGGGGUGCUCUGUUACUGGGGGCUGUGCAUCGUGCCCCUACAUGAAGAUGAACUCCCUAGACGCCCUCAUGUCUGUGUGCCACAUGCUGGGUCAAGACGAUGCUCGUACGCGCCUGGCACCCUACGAGCCUGACAAGUUCGCCGAGCCUCUUGGUCCGGGCACGGUGGCGGACCUGGGCUACUUGCCGAUCCUCCACAUGAGGCAUUUCCAGAAAACGGGGCGAUUGUCUGAAGAGUUGGUUGCCGACAUAUUGACAAGGAGCCAGAGUCAGCAUGAGUAG